AAGAAUUAAAUUAUAAAUUUUGCAUGCAUAAACUUAACAAAAAGAGAAUUAAGGUGCAUUCAAUUGAUAGUCCUGUCUUUUUGAGAAUAAAGAAAAAAAGUCUGAUAGUAUGAAGAUGUUUUUAAGCCCAUGCAUUGGAAUUAUUACUACCAAAGAUUAAGGCACUGGGGAAGUCUAAGAAAAAUCAUUUUUUCCAGCUAAAAGUUGUCAAGAAGCAUUUUUUUGUCCCACUUUAAAAUGUUUUUUGCCAAAUAACAAAAACAGUAAAAUAGCGUCCGUGGUAAGAAUUCAAGAGAAGAUUGCUCGUGCUGAUUUCGCCAAUGAAGUCAUUGUCCACAUAUGUAGGAUGGGUUCACACAAGUGCACAUUGUAUGUCAUGUUAAUAUGCAUUUCAAUCUCGUCUUUCUAGAAGUAUAUAGCUGUGUUACUAUAUUGCACAAAAAAGAUGUCUGACUGUGCGCUGGUCAAUAAAAGACAUUCACCCUAUAAAGCCACCAAGUUGUGGAACCAACUUCUUAACAGUUUUAAAGAAGGAAUGGAGUUAAAACGGAGACGUUGGAGAUUAAAAAGUUAUGAACAAUGUUUUACUGGUGCAGAAGCUCUCGACUGGCUACAUAAUUACCUUCGAAACAGUUCUUCAUUUGGUGCUCAUGUGACAAGAGAACAAGCUUUUAUGUUACUUCAGAAAUUUCAGGAAAACGACGUCUUUCAACAUGUUGCUGGGAAAACAUCAAAGAAAUUUCAAGACACAAACUGCCUAUAUACCUUCAUUGAAGAAAAAGAAAACAUUGAAGAAAAUCAUCCUAAGCAUGAUAAAGAAAAUGUUUCAUCUCAAAACUCUAUAAGUCAGUUAAUAAAAAUUUUUGCACGUCGAAAUUCACGUACAAUAACUUUGGAGGAAUGUCAACAAACUCCACUUGGAAAGGUUGUUGAGAAUAAUAUUCCACCUGCUGUUAAAAAUGACGACGUGAAAAAAAGCAAAUCUGUAAGUAGCUGUAUGACGCCAUUAGCACUUGAUUUGAACAACAUAUCAAUGACAACAGCUGUUGGCAGCAAGUAUUCUGACAUACUAUUUGAUCCAGAAGAAGAAGAUAAUGAAGAUGUCUUCAACACAAGUAUCAGUCAAACACAAUUUUUUAGAAGUAAUUCCCUUCGCUUCAACAAGAAGGUUGUUUCCAACACCAAUAACGUACCACCGUUUUUAAAGUCAACUACAAAUAAUGAUAAUAAGAUGAAUGAAGUAGUUGCAGCACGUAAAAGAAACAAAAAGAGGGCAAUCAUACGGAAGUUUGCAAAAGGUUCGCCAAAUGCUUCGGCUGUCUCACGAAGACAUACUGUAACAUUAGGGAAACGACAACCAACAGCUUCUGAAAAGAGUGACAUGCUUUCCCCCUCAAAAAAACAGAAAAAGGAGUUAAAUCGCUUUGUUAAAUCUGAUAGCAAUCUUGAAACCAAAGGUUACAUGAGCAAUUUGCUGCCACGGAAAGCAGUUGCUGUGCUUGGUGAGAAGCCUUCACAUAUCAAUCAUGUUUCUAGUUAUAAUUCAUAUGACAUUGUUAAUCUACCUGGAUAUAAACCGAAUAAAAAUGCACAGUCAAAGCAGACACCAAUGAAUCAACCUGUUGCUGAUCAUGAGGAGGCACACAUCAACCCACUGGUUAAAGAAAAGGAUGCAAUGCAAAGGAGAAAAGAGGGUAAACGCAAGCCUGUUGUUAAGCCAACACUUGUACCUCUUUGUUCUUCUAGUACCGUUGCAACGUCUCCAAGGCUUACAAAAAUCAGACAUAAACCAUGUUCGUCACAUCCAAUGCGACGUAGAAGUUUAUCGCAAAACAAUAUAUUACGGAACAGAAAGUUUGGCUCCGUUCUUGAUAUUCAUAAAAGUAAUUUUGAGAUAAACAAACUACAAAAAUCGCAUAAUUCAUCCAAUUGGGGAUUAAAUAAGAGUACAUUGUACAAAGCAAGUAGUAUGUGGUCCAUUGAUACGAUUGGUGUAGUACCUAAUGAAAAAGAAACGUAUGGUCCAACAAUAACAACAUCUGAUAUGGAAGACACGUGGAAAUCUGUUGUAAUUUUAAGUUUAAAGAAACUUCUUGGCAUUGAACGGAUAGCUGAUUUCCUUGAUGAGAAUCAAGUCUGUGGAAAUAGUAUUAUGAAAAAUGUGAACUGGAGCACUCCGCAAUUAACAAAUGAUGCACCUGAAUGGUUACUAUCAGCUAUGAACUGUCUAAUUGAAUGGCCAAACUCGAAUCACAACACAAAUGAUAGCGUGCUACAAGACCUACCAAACUAUCCUGGUUUUGAACGAGAUGUCUAUCGAGCAGUUAAAGAACAUUACCAUACAACUUUAAAUGAACCGUUAAUACUGUGUCAUUUGUAUCCGUUGUUGCAAGAAUGCGCAGAAAUUAUUUACGAGAAUAUGGAAGGUGCUAUACGUUUAAUGCAACAUGUGACGCUGUUGCUACCAUGUUGGAAUCGUCGUCAGCUCCAACUGUUAGCCAGCUUCAUGAAAGGAAUUGCUUGUAACGAAAUACUGGAAAUCAGCAAGGACUUACCCAAUAAAGAUUUGGUAAUUCACUCUUUCUUUCGGCUGAUAACACGACAAGAAAAAGGAGCUUUAUCCGUCGGUUUCCAAGAUGCGGUGGCCAUACGCAUAUCUGGAUUACUAGUGGAAUAUUAUGAUGAAGUUUUCAAGACCCCCUCAGGCUUGCGCGUACAAGUGGAUCACAAAAUAGCUGUCACACUUGGUGCUCCGAGUUUUACAAGACAAGUCGAAGUGGAGGAUGUAAAAUGUACGCGACCCUCUUCCGCAGAUGAUAAACCACGCUCGAUGUCAAGGCAGCGUUAUUAUUGCGUUCAAAUAACGAAGGAGCAGUACGAAAAAGAAGCGAAGGAUUUGUCUAAGAAGGCGAUACGUGAUUUACUGAACUCCAUCUUAGAGGAUAACGAGUUGAACGAAAAGGAGAAACAGCGGAGGUUAAAACAGAUACAAAAGGCUUAUCCGGAUAUUUAUGCUGAGUCAGCAUGCUGUGGUGAUGACAUAUCUAAUUGCAGUACUAUUAGUCAGCGGUCAACGAAUUUUAAGCAUGCGUCGAAACCCGCUUAUUUAAGGGAAGAAAUGUUAUAAGUUUAUAUAUAGCCUACAAAGCAAUUUUAUUUCAAUCGUUUUUAAGUUUAAACGGCCUACUUGGUUUCGCUGUAUUCAGUUGAUGUUCAUUAUACGAAGCAGAUGAAAAGGAAAUUUUAAAGGGCUUAUCGUGUACUCAACGAUAAAGUCCAGUUAUGCUGUGAAUGAACCAAGUUAGCCGUGCAUACUGUAUAAUGCAAUGUUGAUAUAAACCAAAUUGGUCAUGUUGUAUGACAGCCAUGAAAGCAGUUUAACAUAUCAAAAUUACCCAUUAAUUUUUGCAUAUCUUGAUUUUUAUAACAAUUAUAUAAUUUUCAUGAAUCUUAUUUUUAUACCGUCUUUAUCGUUAUCCUUUCGUUUUAAUAGAGUGCGCAAAUUCCUGCAGAAACCCUCAAAUCCAUCCCUUGACCUGACCCCCUUUCCAUCCACCUGACCCGCUUCCCGUAAAUCCUCCACCAAUUUUACUGAAGUUUUCAAUUUUUUAACAUUUUUUCUUAAAGAAAAUAGAAAAGUCAUGUUCUAAGUCCUAAGCUUUUUUUUUAACAUAUCAUGUAUUAAUCCAGUUGGACAUGUUAAUAUGGUGAAUGCACUUAAAACGUCAAAUAAGUCUCGGUUACCUUGUUCUGUUGAAUAAUCACAUUUGAUAUUAAAAGAAUCUAAAUUUUAAUUGAGUGUAUAUUUUCUGUUGUUUUAAAAAACUUUUACUUAUGUGGAACUUUUUUAACUCGCUUAAUUAAGGAUUGUGUGGAAUUUUGGGCUUGUUACCCUUUUAUAUUUUUAGGAUAAAAUUUAUAUUUAUAACCUCAUGAUAUUUCUCACUUUAUGCAUAUAACCAAUUAUUUUGUAUAAUUUCUAUAUUCUAUAUAAAAUAAUUAUAAAACAAAUCGUUUAUUCUGCUUUUUCUCGAUGACUUUUCGUUGAUACAACCUGGAAAUCUUACGUUCAUGGGCUCAUUUUCGUAGCUUAACUGCUAGACUAAAGUGAACUUAAAAUACUAUUUCAUAUACCAAUGCAUUCAUUUUUUACUUUCUUGUAUGUGCGGAGACAGACAUGAACCACAAAGGUCGUUUGAUCAGGUGUCCAUCAAUGUUGCAAAUAUAACAAGUUACAUUAUUCUUCCA